UCUGAAAGUUACAAACAGUCCCUUUAAGGAAAUCCAUCGAUGAUUUGGCACUCAACUCAUAUUGUCUGAAAUCCUUUCAUAGUCGGCAGCAGAGGGAGCUGACAGCAGAGCAACACAGACACAUAGCUGCUAGCUUACUGUGACUGAAUUACCCCAGCUGGCUUAAAUAUUGCACCAUAUAUACAUUAUAUUAUAUGUAUUACUAGCCAUGGAGUUAUCUGAAAUACUGUACAACAAGGCGGAGUACAUUGAGACGGCUUCUGGCAACAAAGUGAGCAGGCAGUCAGUGCUGUGUGGAAGUCAAAACAUCGUACUCAAUGGAAAAACUAUUGUCAUGAAUGACUGCAUCAUCAGAGGAGACCUGGCUAAUGUCAGGGUGGGCAGACACUGUGUGGUGAAGAGCCGGAGCGUCAUUCGACCACCUUUCAAAAAAUUCAGCAAAGGAGUGGCGUUCUUCCCGCUGCACAUCGGAGACCACGUCUUCAUCGAGGAGGACUGUGUGGUCAACGCAGCACAGAUUGGUUCCUACGUCCACAUUGGCAAGAACUGUGUCAUAGGUCGUCGCUGUGUGCUGAAGGACUGUUGCAAGAUCUUAGACAACACCGUGCUCCCUCCUGAGACCGUAGUGCCGCCUUUUACCGUCUUCUCUGGAUGCCCAGGUCUAUUUUCAGGAGAGCUCCCAGAGUGCACGCAGGACCUGAUGAUUGAUGUAACAAAAAGUUACUAUCAGAAGUUUCUGCCUCUCAGCCAGAUCUGAGUCCUGCCUGAGAACCGUCAGCCGGAUCCACACCCUUUCCAGCCAGUUCCACGUCCGGGUUGGGGCCUCUCAUCAGAAAUGGACACUGAGAGCUCACCCUCUAUCUUUCACCUCACAGAGGCCCUGUGUUUCUCUGCCCCAGGACAAACAUUUGGUCUUAUUAAGAACCUAUAUGAUUCUAUUUUAUGAGUAAUUGCUUAUGUUUGCAGCUCCAAAUUGCAGUGAGUCUUGAAAAGUCUUUACUAAAUUGCACACAGCACGCUCAUGUUUACUAACCCAGCCAGUCUGAGAUGCCUUCAAAGGGCACAAAUAAAAAAAAAACAGGCACUAGGUUUUAGAUAUUUUUUAUUUCCAAUGAAGUAUGUUUAUGCAGUCUGAUGACUUGAGAAACUCAAGGACCUCUGUGUGGCUGCCGAUAAUCACAAUCUUCGCUCUCUGACAGCAGCUGUAGGUGAAGAUGAGGAAGUGGAGGAGCUAUGAAAGGAAGCAGGUGAAGGGUGGAGGUAUAUGAACACAUCUUGUUAUAUACCGUAUGACACCCAUGGACCAAAACAAUUGCAACAACAGUUGUGAUUGAGGAUGUUGGCUGUACAUGUGCAUUAUUCAUGUCCACAUAUAAUUUGGGAAAAAGAGGCGUACACUCAAAUCAGCAGUUUGUGAAAAAGGUAUUAUGUUGUUUUAGUCUCUGUUAUUUUAUUUCUACCGUUGCAGAACUUGUUUGCUUCCUCCACUGGCUUACGUAAUUUGUCAUAAAAAUUAUUUAACUGUGGAUUUUUUCAUUGUUUCAAACUAUCAUCUGCAAUGUUAAUUUGUUUGAAUAUGUUGAUAUGUGCAGGACAGCCUCACCUGCUUUGCCUUCGUCAUUUUCUGUGAGCAUACAAUAACCAGAACCAACAUCUAAAAUUGUGCCGCAAUUAAAUAAAUAUAAAUGCUUGAAAAUGUGGACUCUGCAAUACAAAA